CGGACAGAGGCGAGGAAGGACGACGCAGUGUUGGUCGGUUCCUGGCGCCACCACCAUGGGCCACGUGGCUGUGAUGGUGGCGGUGGCGGUGGCAGUAGCAGCAGCGACGACGACGAAGGGAGUGGUGGAGAGCGAGGAGGCGCAGAUGCAAACCACAGGCCCACAGAACGCAUCCAGAGACCCAACGGACACUCACUCCAAAACAAUCUCACGCCCAAAACAACCCACAGAGCACUUAACACAUCUCAAAACAAGCUCAACCCACACACAGCCCACAGAACUGCAUCCCGCACCGCCCCGAACAGACCUACACAGCCCACAGCCCACAAAACAGCAUCCCGCACAGCCGAGAACAGACUCACAUCACAGCCAUCCCAUGAAGCAGAAUCUCAACUUCCUAGAGUCAAACACACCUUCCAGUCGGCAUAAAAAUCAACACACACAACGCACGAACUCACACAUGGACCCAAUCAUCCAUCCAAGCGACCCCUUCACGCACUCACAAGACCCCUCAGCCACACACCCGCACCACAGUCAACAAACGCACUCAAAUCAGACACAAACACCUCUUCAUUUGGGUCACGGGCAAGAGAAACGUGACAGAAGACAACGUGAAACUCCUUUAAUGAAUGAGGAGGAGGAGGAGAGGGGGGAGGAAAAGAUAGGUGAAGAGGAACAGCUGAUGGAGAAGCCUACACGGCGAAGCAGAGAACAGCUGACGAAGGUGGUGAGACAGAAACGAGAGGAGCAACAGGUGGUAGAAGAGCGAGGGCGCCUACGGAGACACUGGGAGGAGGCACAGAAGAGGAAAGAGACGGAACAUGCGACACAGACGACCCAGAAGGAAACGCAGAAAAAGAAAGAGACGCAACAGGGGACAAAGACGACGCAGAACAGGAAAGAAACGAAACCUUUGACACAGAAGACGCAGAGGGAAACGCAGCACACGAAAGAGACGCAACAGAUGACGAAGGCGACGCAGUUAUCGACGCUUACGAAGGAGGAUGCGUCGCGGCUCUUCAUAACGCAGGAGAGUGACAGCAUCACCGUCGGCAACCUGAGCAUGUUCGUCCUCGGCAUGUUCGCCCUCACCGUCGGCGCCGUCGCUCUAGCCUCGCAGUUUCUGAGGGACGACACUGCCAUCCGCCGCGUCGACCACCACACGGCUCACGGCAUCCAGGUUCCCGACUUCGACGAGGUGUUGGCGGUGGUCAAGGGGAGAAGCCUUCGCCUACACCGAUAGAAAAGCAAGAAGGGAGAGGAAGAAGAGUUGACCUGCUGGAAUAAAAGAGAAGAGUGUAGAGGUGUAAUGUUUCUGUGAAGUGGAUGAAGAGAGAGACGGAGGGGUAAAGAAGAGAAGGAGAGAGUACUAUGGAUUAAAGAAGAGUAAGUAGAGAGAAGGAUGGAUGGAAGGAGGAAAGGAAGGAAGAAAGGAUAUAAGGGAGGAAGGAAGGAAGGAAGGAAGGAAGGAAUAAAGAAUGGAAGGAUGGAAGCGAGGAAAGAUGGGAAGAUACGAACGAAUAAAAAAGAAUAAAUGAUAGAAAGAAAAGAAGCAAAGGAUUUAUGUUAGAGAAGUGGAAAGAGGAAAUAAAGAUAAAACAGGACGAGAUGAGAAAGAAGAGACCAAGAUAAUAAAAUAAAUCAAUAAAAAAGAAGGAAGAAAAACGAGGCUUAGAAGAAAACGUAACAAAAAAAGGAACGUUUGGAAAAAGAGAAAAACAGAUAACUAUGGAGGGGAAAAAUAGAAGAGCUGGAGAAAGUUGUAGAGAGAAAAGAAAAAGGAGAUUAUGGAGGGAAAUAAAUGGCAGAGUGAGAAAAUAAAAAGAACACCAAAAAAAAACACAGAAAACUACAGAGCGAAAACACAGAGAAACCAGAAAGGAAAAAACAUAUACACCCACACGUAAGAAGAGAGAAGAGAACAAAGGAAAAACAAGAGGAGAGGAAAAAUAAAAAGAACACACACAAAAACACUACAGAUCGAAAACACAGAGAAACCAGAAAGGAAAAAACAUAUACACCCACACAUAAGAAGAGAGAAGAGAACAAAGGAAAAACAAAAGGAGAGGAAAAAUAAAAAGAACACACACAAAAACACUACAGAUCGAAAACACAGAGAAACCAGAAAGGAAAAAACAUAUACACCCACACAUAAGAAGAGAGAAGAGAACAAAGGAAAAACAAGAGGAGAGGAAAAAUAAAAAGAACACACACAAAAACACUACAGAUCGAAAACACAGAGAAACCAGAGAAGAAAACACACACACACACACACACACACACACACACACACACACACACACACACACACACACACACACACACACACA